UUAAAUCUUCCUAAGAUUGAUGCCAAGUAUAUCAUGGAGCACUGGCAUGCUUUGACAGGAAAGCAUCUGAAGACUUUGGCGCAGUGUAUGCCUUUGGUGCUCUGGGACCUGGUGGAGGCAGAAAUGCUGGAAGUGUGGGUAACAAUUGGCCUAACAGGUGCCUUGCUGUGGCAGUACAAUAUCGAGGUCAAAGAUAUCUACCUGUUAAGCAAGAUUGCACAUAUGCACAGUGUCUCUGCUCUCUGGGAGAUGGAGAUGUAG